GUGCUCUCGAUCGAUCGCCUGCGCUAUUUACUAUCUUCAUUAUCUAACAACGAGGAUGUUCACAGUAUACCGUCGAGCCGUCACUUUGAAACUCCCCUUCGCCCGUAGCCACUACUGCAAGAUACCGUAUCGCAGAUCAUUGUGUCUUGCUACCUGCGUAAGGCUGCGUGGCGCAGCCAAAAGACAGUUGCGCUGAGUCUCAGCAUGUAACGCUGUGUCGGUCUCCGUCAGCCCUAUUGGAGAUUGCCCCCUAGUGUUGGGUCGCGCUGCGCUGUAAGUGGGCACAUGGCCGCUGACUAACUGCUUUACAAGUCACCGUUUUAGGGUCGCCACAGAGCCUCGGUCAAAAUUCGAAGCCUCAACCCGACCAAGCACCACCACGUCGUGCGUAGUCGUCGGUUUCAAACCUACGACAUCAUCUCCGACCCCGACCGCUCUCGGAUAGCUGUGCAUUGGUCUCCUAAGCGCCAUGGCCCUCAUAGACAGAGUUCCCGGGGACUUGGAUCUCUACAUUGGUGGCAUGUUCACUCUUCGACGACGCGAGGCAUUGCAGGAGGCAAAAAUUACACACGUCCUGUCUGUGCUGCGUACGCCACUGGAUCAGGAUCUCUUUGCGCCUUUCAAGCAUCAUGUCGUGGAAGUUGACGACGUCGAAGAUGAAAACUUGUUAGAACACUUUCCUGCCACCAAUCAAUUCAUCCAGGACGGACUCGAUGGUGGUGGCGGGGUUUUGGUGCAUUGCGCAAUGGGGAAAUCGCGAUCCGCCACGGUUGUCAUCGCCUUUUUGAUGCAGAAACACAACAUCAGUCCAUCAGAAGCUUUGUCCAAUGUUCGGCAAGCCCGAUCAAUCGUCGAGCCAAACGAAGGCUUUUGGAAACAGCUCGAGUUGUAUGGCCAGAUGCAAACGCCGGACAACGUGGAAGAAACCCCGGCCUAUCAACGUUGGGUCUAUCAACGGGAGCUCGAGCUGAGUCGUGCAUGUGCCCAAGCCCCUGAGGCUAACAAGAUCCGAUUCGAAGACGAGCACGUCAAAGAGCAGACGUCAGGCUUUGAGAUGAGGUGUCGUAAAUGCAGGCGACCACUUGCAACGUCCCAGUAUCUCACCGCGCACAGCCAAGACGUAUCGAAGUCGAAGUGUGCACACUAUUUCGUAGACCCUCUCUCCUGGAUGCGCCCCGAGCUUGAGCAAGGCAAGCUGGAAGGUCGGGUAGAAUGUCCGAAUUGUCACGCUAAUGUUGGUAAGUAUGCCUGGCAAGGUAUGCAGUGCAGUUGUGGUGAUUGGAUGGUUCCGGGGAUCAGUCUUGCUAAAGGACGGAUCGACGAAGCACGAAGAGGUGGAGUCAGUGGCAUCCGUCGACCACCAGGCGCGCCUGGUGCGAACCACGACCUGGGACGAGAGAACCUAUGAUCGCCCGAAGCCAGACAAUCUCUGACUCGAGUUGCCCGCUAUACUCCUCAAGGUCAUUGGAGGUAUGGUGGCGGUUGCCCUGGAGCUUUUAACAGGCUACUUGGCAAAUGCCUUCGUAUAUCAGACUCCACAUGAGAGCU